AUGCCUGGCGAUCCUGAGGCUAUUCGAGACCAACUUACACUCGACAAAAACGGCUACCUCUCAUUCUCACCCAACGAUCCCGAUGACCCCAAAUCGUGGUCCAAGGCUCGAAGAUGGUCAAUCACUACCAUCGUCCUCUUCAUGGUAUUGAACGCUAGCUUUGCAUCCACUGCACCGACGGGAGCUCUUCUUGGAAUCGUCAAGACAUUCCAUGUCUCCGAGGUUGUUGCAAAUCUGGUCACCACCCUCUUCCUCCUGGGCUACUGCGCCGGGCCGCUCUUCUGGGCGCCCCUUUCCGAGCACUAUGGCCGUCGAUACAUCUUCUACGUCUCCUUCACUGGCUACUUCGCCUUCAACUUCCUCUGCGCUUGGGCGCCCAAUCUUGGAGCCCUCCUCGCCGGCCGCUUCCUCAGCGGCACAUGCGCGAGCUCUUCAUUCAGCAAUGGCCCGGGUGUCCUUGCCGACCUUUGGGAGCCAAUUGACCGUGGCAUCGGCAUGGCAUUACUGCUCAUGUUGACUUUUAUGGGACCAAUCAUUGGACCAAUCACAUCCGGCUUCCUCUACCUGACGGAAACCUGGCGAUGGACCUUUUACGAACUGCUUUGGUUCGCGGCUGGCACGAUUCUCUUCCUCCCACUACUUCCCGAGACUCUGCCCGCGCGAAGGUUGACCAUGAAAGCCAAAAGAAUCCGCUCCGAGAGUGGAGGGACAGUGGAGGUAUACUCUCCGCAGGAAGGCAAGAACCAAUCAUUAUGGCACAUUCUCGCGCACGCCUUGUCAAAACCGUUCCUGCUCUUCUGGGAUCCAAUCUGCUUCUGCCUCGCCACCUACAUCGGGGUUGUCUACGCGGUAUUGUAUAUGAUGUUCACCAUUUACCCUAUUGUCUUUCAGGAGAAACGCGGCUGGAACGCUGGGGUUGGCGAACUACCCUUGAUCGGCUUGGCCGUCGGUGCCGUCGUCGCUGCUUUGCUCCUCAUCGCCUUUGCAGCUAGAAUGAGGAAGAAUGGGGCGGACGAAAAGGAGUGGAACCCCGAGUCCAGACUCCCUCUCGCCAUGAUCGGCGCAAUCCUUUUCCCCAUCGCCAUGUUCUGGCUCGCAUGGACUGGCAACUACAACAGCAUUCCCUGGAUCGUGCCGACGCUCGCGGGAGGAUUUCUCGGCUGCGCCAUCGUCUUCAUCUUUGUCUCGUGUAUCAGCUACCUCACCGACAGCUACGUCCAACACGCAGCAAGUGCAUCGGCCAUCAACACGGUGGUGAGAUCCGCAAUGGCUGCCAGCGCGCCCCUGUACACCAAUCAGAUGUUUCACGCUCUCGGUGUUGGAGGGGCCGGUUCGCUUCUUGCGGGUGUCUCUUGCCUACUGGCUCCAAUGCCAUUCGUCUUUUACAAAUAUGGACCGGCGUUGCGCAAACGCUCCAGGUGGGCGCCGGAGAAGCCGCCAAUGGAAGAAGAUGAUGUCGAGAAGCCAGCGGAUGAGAAGCCGCCAGUGGAGGAAGAUGAUAUCGAGAAGCCAGCGGAUGGCUCGAGUCAGGGUGACGUUUCCCCAACGGUGUAG